AUGACGCUCCACGCUGUCAGCUUCCCACCGUUACCGAUAGUCAAAGCCCACCUCCUCGUGAACUGCGUAUUGGUUCUCUUUGCGGUUGUCGUAGUCGCACUUCGCUUCUUUGCACGCUUCUCGUCGGGGGCAAAGCUGUGGUGGGAUGACUUCCUCAUUUUCUUAGCUGUGCCUCAGGGCAUCGGGAUGCUUGUCAUCCAAGGCUUAUGGUCGCCUAUGGGCAUCGGAUACCCAAUCACCAAAACCCUCCCAAACAUUGUCGUCGUUCUCAAACUUCUGGUCGCAUACGAGUUCAUAUUCGCGACCUGUAUCAGCACCAUCAAGCUCAGCGUCAUGUUCUUCUACCUCCGCGUCUUUGUCAAUCCAGGACUUCGGACCGCGACGAAGCUUGCAAUGGGUUUUGUCAUGGUCUGGACAACAGCAAACAUUCUCCAAGUCUUCUUGAUUUGCCACCCUUUCGAAGCAACAUACAAUCCGGCCGUCAAAGGAAAAUGUGGAAACCAAAUAGCGUCCUUCAUCGCCAUUGGAGCAUUCAAUGUCAUCACGGAUAUCCUGAUCUUGACAUUGCCAAUCUCGACAGUUUGGGCGCUCAAGAUGAGCACGCCAGCCAAACUUGGCGUCAUAUCCGUCUUCUCAAUAGGCUUGAUAGUCAGCGUAGUUGCAAUCAUCCGCAUCGUCAGCCUUACCAAUCUCGACCUCCAAAACUUGACCGAGACAAUGAUUUGGGCUGACUUUUGGUCGACCGUGGAGCCGAACUUGGGUAUCAUCUGUGUCAGCAUGCCGAUGCUGGGAUCCCUCUACUCGCGGUGCACGGCUCGGCGAGGUGCAUCGAAGCUCGACGGACCUUCAGACGCCAGUGGCUAUAACAACUCAAAGAGGUUUGAAAGAUCGCAGCCGAGCGCGUCUGACGCCGUUGCCCUGGAUACCAUAUAUUCCCCAGAACAGGAAAUACAAUACAGGUCGGAGGUCGCUUCGUUUGGACGCAAUGGGAAGAAUGAAGAUAGUGGGGACGACUUCGAGUCACGCCUGACCCCUGAGCAAGAGCUUCUGGGUAGAGACAAAGUCAUCCAGGUGCAAAAGCAGUGGACCGUAUCACGCCAGACGACCUCAUAG